CAUACGAAAUGCUCAUGGGAGACGAGACUUUAUUCGAAGACGCGACUGAACAUAUCCGUCCGCGUUUCCUAGCAUUCGACUUUCUGCGCAGCAAAGCGGGGGAGACGCUGUUCGCAAGCACAACUAUUGGAUCUCUUUCUGACAAUGAUUGUCGAACUAAACCUGGAUCUUCUUCUUCACUACUUUACAGUCCCGACAAUAAUCGUGUUGAUGAGGACAACGCGGACGAAUGGGAGUCUGUCUAUUCUCGUUCGGUUCACGCAAUCCUCCUGGCGGGGAG